AUGAAGCGGUCUCAAGGGAAACCGCCAGGUCGUGGUUUUGAAGGACCCCGCUCCGGUUUCUCAGGCUUUGGAGGCUUUGGCACCGCCGCCUCCGGGACUUCCUUGUCGUACCUCGCCGAGCCUCCUUCAUUUGCUGCUGUCUCGGAUCCGAAUGUUGUCGUGUCGCUCAAGAACAUUCUGAAGAAGGACAGCACUACCAAGGCCAAAGCGCUCGAGGAGCUACUAGCUUAUGUACAGGCUCAUCCAUUUGACAAGGAUGGCGGGGUUGAAGAGGGCAUCCUCGAUGUUUGGGUCCAAAUUUAUCCUCGCACAUCUAUAGACAACUCACGUCGCGUGCGUGAACUGACGCAUAACCUCCAGUUUGAGCUCAUGAAAUCAGCCCGCAAGCGUUUUGAACGUCAUCUGCCAAAGAUCGUCGGCGCAUGGCUUGCCGGCCUGUAUGACCGCGACCGUGUUGUUGCCAGGGCUGCUAGCGACGGUCUAACCUCGUUUCUCAACACCCCUGAAAAGGUCCUUGCGUUUUGGACCAAGUGCCAGGGCCAGAUCCUUGACUAUGCCAUUGAUGCUAUCCAAGAAACACAAGAUACCCUGAGCGAUGAACGAUCAACAACGGCGGAGGAUGCCGAGGCAAAGUAUUACCGAGUUGUUACUGCUAGCUUGUCACUUGUCUUGGGUUUACUGCAAAAGGUUGAGCCAAGUAACUUGGAGAAGUUGCAAUCUCGAUACGAUGACUACUUUGCGGAGGAAAACGUUUGGAAGACCAUUACUUUCAAUGACUCGUCAGUCAGGAAGACGGUAUGUCAGCUGCUGUUCGCCUCCAUCGACCGGAAGUUGCCAUAUGCCGAUGAUGCAAAGGUCAAGCAAGCCUUCAUCACAGGAGGUCUGAAGACGAACCAAGCUGGCUCGGCGCUCGAAUAUGUACGGGCGUUGACAAAAAUGACACAAACAUAUCCCGAUGUUUGGACAUCAACGAAGACACCGAGCGGUCCAAAGUCUCCUCUUGGCAGACUGCAGGCAUUCGUCGCCAAGGGAUCUCAGGGCAGUCCGCCCAAGUUCUGGGAGUACUUGGAUCAACUGCUGAUGGUUCUGCCAUCGGAUUUGAUCACACCCGAGGUUGCUUCCCAAUUUUUGACUUCUCUCAAGUCUGGUAUUACACAUCGCGAUGAACCUCGAACGAACACUUCUUAUGCAUGGAAGUGCUUCAUCGAUACAGCCAAGCGCCUCCUCAAGAAUCUCCCGGCCGACGACCAAUUGCCAUUUGUGCAAGAGCAUCUCUUCCCUCUCAUUGAGCAGUUCUUGUUUUCGGUGUCAGAAAAGACAGUAGCUAUACCGCUUGGCCCAAACGCGAUUUCCGUCCUGGUCGAAGCCUACAUCGCCACUGUCCAAGCCUCACCAUCGGUGGUAUCCGCAUCCAAGGAAGAAUGGGACCGACUCGCCAGCGUCUUCUGCGCAAAAAUCUCCGGAUCGUUGCCUGAGGUUUCGCGGGAGUAUCAACAGUCUCAAGAAAAGAUCUCUGAGGAAGGCCGACGGUGGUUCGGUCUCGUGGGCCAGAUUGAGGAGAAGAUAGCUGACCUGGAAGAAGAUGUUCCAGACCAUACAGCUCAACCCUCUCUCAAAGCCAUUUCUCAGAGUAUCACACUGCUGGAGAGCCGGAACUUGAAGCCAUUUGGUGCAGCUCGAAUCAUCGAAUAUGCAUUGAGUAUGGCACCCCGCUUAUUCGACGGCAAAGGGGCUGCAACGCUCUCCACGUUCUUCACUACCCUGGUUCGUGAUGAUGCUGCCAAAGCUGUCACCUCGCCCUCCUCGAGGUACCUUCUCUCUUCGCUUCACCUUUUCGGCUCCGUGUCAACUCAAUUCGCACCUAUUUGGAACUCUUGGGUCGAGGCUGUCCUCGAUCUACCAUCAGAGGCUACUCGUGAUGUCGCCCUUGCAUCACUCAUCUCCAACGAUAGAGGAGCCGUUCUCGCCAAGGGAAACAUGGACUUGCAAAAGCACAUUAUUGGUCAGGCUGUUCUUUUGGCGGUCGGUGGUAGCAAUGAUUGGGAAUUGUUGGAAGCUGCUGUCACAUACCAGACUCUUACUGACAGCAAUUACCGAGACCUUGUUCAAGCUCUUGUCGAAAUCCUUGAGAAGGAACCUUCGAAGACGGAAUCAACACUCCAAGCCUUGGAGAUUGCUGCCAAGGGUCGACCUGAGCUGUUCUCCCGCGAUGAACGCGUUCACACAACGUUGGUAGCUCUGCUUCUCGGUCUUUCUGAGCUUGAGGACUCCGCUAUUUCUUCAAAGGCGACUGCCAUCCGCACUCUUCUCGAUACUCACACUGACGGAAAGCUACCUGUUAUAGCUGUCGUUCAAGCCAACCUCGAGCGAGCAGGAACACAGUCUCUGGACAUUAACACGUUGGUGUCGCAAGCAUACAACGCGGUCUCGAGUGAUAUCCCGUCCGAAGAGCUCUUCCCAAGUACCAACGUAUGGAUGAAGGAACUUGCGCCAUUAUUGGAACUGUCUGUAAAUCCGGCUCUAUCAAUUACUAACAGCAUAGGUGGUGCUGUUUCCUUGGUGAAGGGAGCCCCUCGAUCUACCAAUCUCAGAAUUUAUCGGGAUAGAAAGGGACGUGCCAUUCCUACAAGAAUGGCUCUUUAUGUUUCUCAGCUUUCGGAGAAGCUUCCAUUGUCUCAGUUGCCCAAACCCUUCCAGCUUGAGCUGUUGUAUCUUCAGUGUCUGACUGUGCAGCUCAUCUCUGAUCAAAUCACCUGUAUGGAGGAGAACCGGCUGUGGCAAACUCUAAAACAUGCUGAAGGUAGCGCACAGGCUGAAGAGUUCGUCUCCAAGACACGUGGGAUUUUGCAUCAGUUGGCUGCUGAUACUGGCGCCUGGAGCGACUCGGAAGAGAAGCCGAUCAUCCAAGACCUCAUUGAUCUAUUAAGCCAACACUCGCAAGAGCUGACGCCCAGAGGGCUAUACAGUGCACGUGCGCUCAGUGAACUUGUUCAAUUCCUAGCUGAGGCGCAUGGAGCAUCAUCCAGCUUCGAAGACGCCCUUCUGAAGCCCGAUGUUCUCAAGAUUGGCCCUACUACCGUCCUGCCAGCCUCGGCUAUAAUUGCCGGGUUUGGUGAGACUCUGCAGCCCUCCAAGAUUGCUAGCAACUUCUGCAAUAAGGUUGUGAGUGAGAUCGCAGGAGCCAAGGCAGAUAGUGACAAGACAUUGAUGACUCUUGUUCUUCUGUCGCAAUGUGCUCAAAUUUACGAGGUGGGCGAAAUGCCCGUGGCUAACAACCGAAUCGUUUUUGCCGUCCGCCAAAUAACCUCUUGGCUGGACGAGCCUGAGAGCCUGAGCCCAGCCCUUUGUGCCGAGAUUUGUCGAGCAUUGAACAAACUGCUGCCUUGUAUGAAGGACGUUUACGGAUCUUAUUGGGAAAAGACCAUCGAGUUUUGCAUAUCUCUGUGGAACCGUGCGCACGAGUUUGAGUUGAACGAGGCUCUUCCCUUCAUUCACUCUUCACUCAGGUUAUUUAAGACCAUUGAGUCUUUGCAAGAGCCUAACGAUGAUCUCGAGGAUGCCCUCAAGGAGUACGCCAGUGCCAAGCCCAGGGCGUUGAUUGAGCUGCUGCGACUUCCUCGGGAUGCUCGCUCCCAGCCACUUGAGAUUGUGGAUGCCAUGCUUUGCCGAGAGGUCCAGAAGAUUUCUCUGAGACAUGUGCCUGAUCUGUCUGAUCUCUUUGGCUUGGUGGCGUCGGAAUCGCGGGACAUCCAGACAGCUGCGUUCAAUCUGCUUCACCAGGCUCUUCCUGAACAGCAACAGCAAAAGUCCAUUGAUGCUUUGCUGGAGAAGACAGAUGCCCGACUGCCCGAUGAACUCCUCUCACUUCUUCUUGACGCCCCCACGCUCGAGAAGUACUCUGACGAAAUGCUUGCCGAAUUUCCCUCUCCUAUCCGCGCAUACCUCCUAUCCUGGAAGCUCGUCUUUGAUGCCUACUCGACAUCAUCAUUCAAGAUCCGAAACGACUUUACUGAUAACCUGAAACAAGAUAAUUGCGUAGGGCCACUGCUAGACUUUAUGUUUGACGUGCUGGGUCACUCAGCUGCUCAUCCAUUGAAGCUAGAAAAGGUCAACCUCACUUCAGAGCACAUCCAAGACUACGAUGUGAAGUUGGCAGAUUCGGAACCCGAGGAGAAGAGCAUGCAGUGGCUGCUGGUUCAUCUCUUCUAUCUUCUCCACAAGUACGCCCCUGGCUUGUUCCGUGCUUGGUACAUCGACUGUCGGUCGAAGCAGACGCGCAUUGCUGUUGAGUCGUGGACGACCAAGUACUUCUCGCCCAUCAUAGUCUCAGACGUCCUAGAUGAAGUCCAAAAGUGGGCUGAUAGCCAGGAACCUCCUGCUAUGGACGAGAAGGAACUUGUUGUGCGUGUUGCGAGAUCCUCCAGAGAAAUCAUAGCUGGCUAUGAAGUCGACGAGGAUCAAGCCGCCAUCGCCAUCAAGAUACCUCAGAACUACCCCAUCGAAAACGUCUCUGUCCAGAGUCUCAAUCGUGUCGCUGUCAAUGAGAAGAAGUGGCAGAGCUGGAUCAUGACGACACAGGGUGUCAUCACCUUCUCCAACGGCAACAUCAUCGAUGGUCUUCAAGUCUUCAAGCGAAACAUUCUCGGUGCGCUCAAGGGCCAGACCGAGUGUGCUAUUUGCUACAGCAUUAUCUCGACCGACAAGCGCAUGCCUGAUAAACGAUGCACCACGUGCAAGAACUUGUUUCAUAGGACGUGUUUGUACAAGUGGUUCCAGAGCAGUAACCAGAAUACUUGCCCGCUGUGUCGAAACCCAAUUGACUACCUAGGCUCAGAUACGAAGAGACGACAGGGUUAG